AUGACAAUAGUAAGAACAUAUAGGUUUAAAAAAGAGGCACCUAACUUAAAUUGUACAUUAGAUAGUAAGAAAGAGAAAUGGAAUGAAUUCAUUCAGUAUAUACAAAAUUUAAAGGAUUAUACUAAAUGUGGUGUUGAUAGAAAUGAAUGUUUAUUUGAUUCUUAUAAUGAAGAAAAUAAUAGCAAAAUAGAAGAUGUGAUAAAAGAAAAUGUAGAUGAUAUAAUUAAAAUAACAAAAUGGAAUAAUGAUAUGGAAUUAAGUAAGAAUUUUAUUCAAAAAGAAUUAAUGUCUUUAUCAUCAUCUUAUUCGUCAGAUGAAGAUAGAUAUUCAAAUGAAUCUGGUAGUGCUUUAAAUUUGAAUAAAUAUAAUAUAAUUGAGAAUAAUAUAUAUUCCAACAAUGCAAAUUUUAAAAGGCAAAAAGUAAAAAACGUUACUGACAUAAAUAAUUAUAUAAAGAAUGAACAUGAGGAUAUUAAAAAGAAAAAGAGAAAAAAAGAGUAUAAAGAAGAAAAGCAUGGUGCAAAAGAAGGCUUUUAUAAGAAGAAAUUUCCAUACGGUAAUAAUGCAUAUAAUAAAUUUUCACAGUAUAAUAAUAAUAAAAAGAAUCAAUACGAUGGGGAUAAAAAUAAGAAGAAAUAUAUGAAAAGAUAUAAAAACUAUGAAUUUAAUAAUAAUAAUAAUAAUAAUAACAAUAGAGAUAAUAAAAAUAAAGAGAAGAAAAUGAAAAGUAGAACAAAUAAGCAAGAUGAUAGGUCACAAAAUAAUAUGGACAUAGAUGGAACAUAUGCAUAUAAUUAUGCAUAUUUAAAUAGAAAUGAUGAUUCUACUAUGUCUAGUUCGGUAGAAGCAGCAAAUGAUACAAUAAUGGAUUUAGAAGAAGAAAUAAGAAAUUACAAUUUAUAA